UUUCCCAAAACUCAGCGGGAGGUGAAGCCGCUCUACUUCCUGUCUGUAGUUGCGCGAGGCGGUCGAGUGGAGGGAUGUAAAGAUGGCGGAGCUGCAGAUGCUGCUGGAGGAGGAAAUUCCAGCGGGUCGCGGAGCUUUACUGGACAGCUUCACCAACCUCGAGAGAGUCGCCGAAUACUGCGAGAGUAACUACGUACAGUCUCCAGACAAGUACGCCGCUCUAGAGGAAACCAAGAACUACACCACUCAGUCCCUGGCCAGCGUGGCCUACCUGAUCAACACACUCGCCAACAAUGUGCUCCAAAUGCUCGACAUCCAGGCGUCCCAGCUGCGCCGAAUGGAGUCCUCCAUCAACCACAUAUCUCAGACGGUGGACAUCCACAAAGAAAAAGUGGCGAGGCGGGAGAUCGGCAUCCUCACAACCAAUAAGAACACCUCACGCACGCAUAAAAUCAUUGCUCCAGCCAAUCCCGAGAGGCCAGUGCGGUUUAUUCGCAAACCUAUCGAUUACAGCACGCUGGACGAUAUCGGUCACGGUGUGAAGUGGUUGCUUAGGUUCAAGGUCAACACCCAGAACAUGAAGAUGGGCAGCCUUCUUCGCACCACACCUCCAACACAGAAACCACCCAGCCCCCCAAUGCCAGGCAAAGGCACCAUAGGGAAUCCUGGUCUAUGUGCCUCCUGUUCAUUUCUCUACUCUGUUUCAGAUGCACCUCCCCCACCUCCCCCUUCAGAAGAGGCGGUGUUUGAGGAAACACAAAACCCAGUUCCACCUCCAGAAGACUAUGAGCAAGAGGAGUCUUCUGUGGUGGAGUACAGUGACCCUUAUGCUGAAGAAGACCCACCCUGGGCUCCACAAACUUACCUGGAGAAGGUGGUAGCAAUCUAUGACUACAUGCGAGACAAGGAAGAUGAAUUGUCUUUCCAGGAGGGAGACAUCAUCUAUGUCAUUAAAAAGAAUGAUGAUGGCUGGUAUGAAGGUGUGAUGAGUGGCACUACAGGACUCUUCCCUGGAAACUAUGUGGAGUCCAUCAUGCACUACACGGCGUGAGAGUCUUCUGUCUCUCCCCAACCCUCAACAACCACCAGCGCUAAUCUUACACUGCAGAAGAGUGCAUGUGUGCAUACAAACCAUGCUAAUAACAGGCCGUGAGACUUAAGACACGAGUGGUGUGACUGAAAAGAGGAAGCGAUAUGAAGCUGAACAUCCAGAUGAUGCAGAGCAGACUUUUGCAACAAGGACUGAGAAAACACUAUUAGAGAUUAAGAUUAUAUUAAUAAAAGCCAAUAAUAUGUUUACUGUUACCUUGAAUGAAGGAUACAGAGUUUGAAGUACAGUAUAUGCAUAAGCUAGAUUUAGACUGGGAACAUUGUUUUUAUUUUUCCAUAUUUCAUAACCUUUGCUCAUUCCACAGCAUUGCUGACUGAUGUCUCUGAAAUAGAUGUAUUUUUUGAACUGCCUGAGGUGGGUUCAGGGUGUGUUUUACAGUGAGGUCACGUUCAAAAAGGGAAUUAAUUACAAGCAUAUUUUGAGGAACAAGGAAAGUAUGGAACUGAAUGGAAAGAGUGAAUAUAGAGAAGUAGCUUUCUAUUUAUUACAUGUGACAGCUCAAGGCUUUUUAAUUUGUGUCUGUGUAAAGUGUUUUGAUUGUUUAAGUAAUUGUAUGAUUUAUUCUCUCCCACCUAAUUAAAAUCUGUUUCAGCCGGAUUUAUGAAAUAGGAAAUAUUUGCACAAACAUGCAAGUAUAAUUGGUGUCUGCACAGGGUCAGACUCGUUUACACAAAGGUCUCACCUUGGUUUUACUUUUUUAUCAUUAAAUAUAUUUAAUAUGUUUAUGAACAUUUUUCCCCAUGAGAAACCAUCAGCCUCGACACAUGCAGUACUAGACGCAUCUAAUAACCUCGUGAACUUUUAAACACUUUUUUUUUCUCGUUUGUUUUACAUAUAAAUAUGGUGUUGUGAUGCUAACCAAUUGGUAAAUAUUUGAUAAGUGUAUGUAGUGCUUCAUAGACUGCAUGCUUAAUAAAAACUCAUUUACAUUUAAUUUUUCUUUUUUUUUUCCACUUUUGCAUUUUAAUUCUAGGGUACCCACAAUCAUGGAAAACCUGAAAUAUAUGGAAAUGUUAAACUAGUGAUUUCCAGUCUUGAAAAAGUUAUUGCAAUGACUAACAUUUCCUACAGUUGUUCUAAAAUAUUUCAUCAGCUAAAACCGCAGAUAUGCCUGCGUGAAACAUAAUUCUGGUUGUGGGACAUUUUGAGACAUUUACACAAUAAUAUAGUUUGUCUAUUCAUUCAUUUGUUGGCACCUGACAUUGAAAAAAUCAUCUAAUAAUCGUGAUCAACUAUAAAGGUCACAAAAAACAAAAGUCAUAUAAAUUGACGGGGAAAAAAAGUGUUAGAACCCCAUAUUUUAAUUAGGUCCUCAUCACGUUUUUGUUCUUGAUGACCUCUUAUACCCAGUUUAAGACAUUCCUGUGACAUGGACCGUAUUAAUUUGGGUGCUCUUGAAAUGUUUAUGCUACUAAAUAUAUUGUGCCAUUUUGUAGUAUUAUUGAAAUGUGUAUAAGCUACUAUUUGACAAUCAUGGAUGUUUCUCUCCAGCUACUAAAAGAGUUUUCCAUUUUGCAGGUCCUAAAAUCAGCAAGACUUCAGUGUGUCUCCAUUGUGAAAUUUAAUUUGAAUCUUAUGUAAAGAACACAUGGAGGCUCUUAAAAACAGGGUAGAGUCUGGUGAGCAUAUCUCUCGCCCUACCCUGCAAUAAUACCUGGCAAAAUGUGACGUUUUGAGGGUUAAUUUACCUCUGUCUGAAAGCACAUGACUAGACAUCAGAGAAUUGACAAAAAAUGUAAAGUUUAACUCCAUUAACUAUAUUGUUGUGUGCAAAUAUAUAUAUAUAACCGGAUAAAUGUAUGGGCAUCAGUAUUUCCAUGUGUGAGAGGAUGAAACUAAUGUGCAAAAUCUCUAAAUGUAAACCUUUCUUUUCACCUUUGCCCCCUAUGUGUCAGACGCAAAAGUGUACAGAUCCAGAUACAAAAGUGAAAAAAUGUGUAUAUGAUCAACUUUGUUUUUGACUUCUUUCCAUACUGUGUGUAGAUUGUGUUGAGGGGCGUUGACAGUGAAAUGUCGUCUCAGAUGUAGUUAUAGUGCAGAGCUCAAGCCCAUGUUCUUUUUCAGAUUUACGUAACUUGGCAGCGAACAGGGUCCAGAUGGCUUGAGACGUACGUAAGCUUGCUGGAGGUUUGCACACUCAGACGCCCACAGGCUGUUAGCUACAGAGAAGAAGAGCAUUUCGUCUGCUUUGACGAAGCUACGAGAUUCUCAACAUAUUUGUAUCUUAUACAUAUUUACUU